CCGAACAGGUCUAGGUGCUGUCCGGACAGCAGGUUUGCAUUAAAUCCCAGGUGCUCAAGUAAAAGGAACUAGAGAAGUACAGAGAGACUUUGUCAAAAUGAAAUUACUUUUAUACCCCGGAAUCUCCUAAGUAAAUUGUAAAAUAACCUAGCCAAGGUCGUCUGUUUGGCAACUUUCCUUUGAACAAUCGAGGUCCGAUCCUAACACUAGAAGUCUAGAACCCUAAUCGAGCGAGGGAGAAGGAUGAAAGGAGGGAGGAAGAACUUGAUGAGGGCAGUGGAGCAGCAGAAGUUGAUGCUUCAAGAAGGCCAAAACAUCAUGCAGGUGCUCUCACUUAGAGGUUCCAAUCUGAUUGAGGUAAUGGAUGGACAAGGAGAGAAAUCAUUGGCACUGUUUCCAGCCAAGUUUCAAAAGAGCAUGUGGAUUAAGCGAGGUAGUUUUGUUGUGGUUGAUGAAAGUGGAAAGGAAAAGGCUCUAGAAUCAGGUAACAAGGUGGCAUGUAUGGUUGUACAAGUUCUAUUUUACGAGCAAGUUCGAGUGCUUCAGAAGUCUCCAGAAUGGCCAGAAAGUUUCAAAUCCACCAACUUGGAGGAUCCCAAAGGAAGCUUAGGAAGACGGACUUCCCAGCGGGACAAAAAUGAGCCUAAUUCAAGCAGUGACGAUGACCAGGUGGACGAUGAUGGGCUCCCACCAUUAGAAGCAAAUACAAACAGGCAAAGACCAAUUGAGUUGCAAACAGAUGAAGAUUCAAGCUCAGAAUCAGAUACAGAUUCUUAAAUUAUGAAGACACCCUCAUGGACAUCUGAAUUGUUUUUUUGGUUGUAUAUUGUAUGAGGAAUUGAAGAUUCAAGCUCGGAAUCACAAAAACUGCAUUGAUAACUAAUUUUCUGACACUUUAUUGAUGACACACAA